GCAUGUAAACAUCGCCAGCCUUGAUGAGGUGUUCUUAGACGCUGCGUUGCCCGUCUAAGCGAUUGCAACUCCUCUCUAAAAAUGGGGAUAAAGAUAAAAUUCGUAGGAAUUGCAGUGCUAGGAGUUCUUCUAGCUGCCGUUUAUCCUACUCUAAAGAAAAAUUACACGAAACAUGUGAAGCCGCAUAUGCAAUUUGUCGGGAAAGUUUACACCGCCGCUAAGGAAUUCAAUGUGCUCGGCUAUCACAUACCAUGGAGAUUCAUUCUACCUAUCUUGGCAACCUUUGUGGCUUAUAAACUCUUUAUGAGAAGACGUCGGCGUAAGCAAUUAGAGGCUGAGAGACUACGGCAAGAGCAGGCAAAAGGGAAAUACAUGACUGAGGCACAAGCACCUCAGGUGCCUGCAACUAAAGAAGUCCCAAAACUGGCCCCGCCCAAGGCGACCAUAGAGACUGAGAUAAUAGACCCAAACGACCUUAACUUAGUUGGCGCGCGCGUAAGGACAUUCAACUUCUGGCCAGCGACAAGCUCUGCCAAUGUGUUCGAGCUUGCGCGCGCUGGUUUUGUUUUCACCGGACGAGACGAUGUAGUCGAGUGCUUUAAGUGCAAAGGGACAUUAAAGCAGUGGAAAGUUGAUGAUAGGCCCAUUGAGAGUCACCGCGAGUUUUACCCCGAUUGCCCACUUCUAACGGAACUUGACAAAAACGCAAAUAAGGUUGACGCGACUGUGACACGACUGAAGGACUUAAAAGACGUGAAUGACGGAGUUGCCAGGAGAAUCCAACAGCUGCAGGCCGCACAGAGUAGCGCGAAUGAAAAGGGUGCAAGGCCAGCUGAAAAACACAUCGGUGAGCUGCAAAAGAGGCUGGACACCACUGAACGUACCAUGCACCUGGUGAUGAAGCAGAUGGAAGCCGUGACGAAAUGCCUUGCCAAGACUUUAGCUGACGAUCCUGCGCUGAGUGGGGAUAAGUCGCUGGCCGAAAUCACCGAGGGCUUGACUAACAUGAAGGAGAGCAACGUUUGAUGCUGGAACGUCAUUGGAUGAGAAUAUGACGUCACAUAUGGGAGAUAAUAAAAAUCUGUGACCUCCGUGCUAGGUCCUAACAAAAAUGAACAAUUUGUUACACUUUUGAUACAAUUCGAUACAUCUUUUUCCAGAAAGUCGAAUAAGUCGAAUAAUGGAUUCCAAAUGACUUGUGUCUAAUCCUCUUAUAACGAAUAAUAUUAUGUUGACAAUUGACUGACCAUGAUCAGAACGAAGGAGAGAGUAUUAGAUGGAUUUAGUCAAUCCACUAGAGUUUCACAAUUUAGUCAAUUCACUAAGUUUGAUUCACUAAAGUUAGGAAGUAAAAAACUGUUGAUUAUGUAAUAUAUUUUCACUAUUUAUUGCUAUUUAGAUAUUUAUUUGUAAUUACACGAAAUUUAAUGUCAAUAUUCUGUAAAUAUUAACAAGAAUUGCACUUCAAGCAAAUCAAUUUUAUAGCCGAAAUAUUUGCAAAUAGAGGGUAUUUGAAAAAGAGAUUUUGUAGUUUUGUUGAAAUACAGGGCUGCUAUGGAAUGAAUAAAUGGGAGGUAAAUUA